GGCCGCACCGGUGACCACCGCUCGCGUGUCUACGCCAUUGACUUUGGUCUGGCCAAACGGUACCGCUCGCCGGCCAACACUCGGGCGCAUAUACCCUAUCGCACCGAUAAGUGCAUGAUUGGCACCGCCCGCUACGCCUCCAUCAACUCUCACUUAGGGGUAGAGGUGUCCCGACGCGACGAUCUCGAAGCGCUGGGCUAUAUGUUGGUGUACUUUCUGAAGGGUCGCCUCCCGUGGCAGGGCCUCCAGGCGGCCACCAAUCGGCACAAGUACGAGAAGAUUGCCCAGGUGAAAGUGUCGACCCCGUUGGCCACCCUAUGCGCCGCUCUGCCCACGGAGUUUGUCGCGUAUCUGGAGUACUGUCGCCGCCUGGGCUUCAAGUCUACGCCCGACUAUCGCUAUCUCCGC